AUGGAGUCGGACCCUACGACCUCCGAGCCCGAGGCCGCGAUCGGGAGCGUCAGUCCGCCAGCGGAGCAGGCCGACCCAGCCAUCCCGGGGGACUUGGCGGCCGCGGUAGCUAAGGGCCUUGCGUCCCCGGUGCGCUCCGUGGUGGCCUCCCCGCGCCCUGUGAAGGGCAAGGCGGCGCGGCGGCGGCUCCAGCUCCCACCGGUCUCUCAGGCCGAGGCUGGCGACGAGGAGCCCGUGUUCGCGGUAGCCGAGGACCAGGAGGAGGCGCAGCCCCUGCCACCCCUCUGCGCAUCCCCCAUGAGGGGCAUGUGGCGCAGCGAGAAGGUGGCUCUGUACUGCGACCAGGUGCUGCAGGGCUCGAAGGCAGAGGAUGCAGAUGAAGCUAUGAGUAAGUACCUGUCAGAAAAGCUGAGACUGAAGGACAAAUGGCUUGGAGUCUGGAAGAGUAACCCCGAGUUAUUCUUUGAGAAGUAUGAAGAGGCCUCCAUCCCUUUUGUUGGCAUACUAGUCGAGGUAUGGGGCGAUGAAGAUGGGGGUCAUGGAGAUGGCUUGGUGCUGAGCCUGAUGGUGAGCCUGGUCAAAGCUGAGUUCAGCACCGUGGAGUUUCCUGGGAAGGAGGGCACAGACUCCCACGGCUGCUCUGAUUUCCAGCUGCACACUGUGGUGCACAAAUUAGAGUUUUUCUAUGAUUUUCUUUGGAGAGACUGGGAUGAUGAAGAAAUUUGUGAGAAUUAUACUGCCCUUAUUGAAGAGAGAAUUAAUCUGUGGUGCGAUAUUCAGGACGGGACAAUCCCUGGCCCCAUCGCGCAACGCUUCAAGAAAACUCUGGAGAAAUACAAAAACAAGCGUGUUGAGCUCAUCGAGUACCAGAGCAACAUUAAAGAAGACCCCUCUGCAGCCGAGGCCGUCGAGUGCUGGAAGAAGUACUACGAGAUCGUGAUGCUCUGCGGGUUGCUGAAAAUGUGGGAAGACUUACGCCUGCGAGUUCAUGGACCCUUCUUUCCAAGGAUUCUGAGACGUAGGAAAGGGAAGAGAGACUUUGGGAAGACUAUAACACACAUCGUAGCAAAGGUGAUGACGACCGACAUGGUAAAGAACUUGUCUUCAGACACACUUCUCCAGCAGCACGAUGAUCUGAAUCUGGCUUUGGACAAUUGCUACAGUGGAGAUAUAGUAGUGAUUUUCCCAGGAGAGUAUCAAGCUUCAAAUCUUGCUUUGCUGACUGAUGACAUCACUAUACAGGGAGUUGGAAAGAGAGAAGAAAUUAUGAUUACUUCUGAACCUUCACAUGACAGUUUUGUGGUAUCCAAAGCAGAUAAUGUAAAAUUAAUGCAGCUCUCCUUGAUACAACAAGGGACAGUUGAUGGCAUUGUGGUAGUAGAGUCUGGUCACUUGACUCUGGAAAACUGCCUGUUAAAGUGUGAAGGAACAGGAGUGUGCGUUCUUACAGGGGCUUCGUUGACAAUCACAGACAGUGAAAUCACUGGCGCCCAGGGUGCUGGUGUUGAACUAUAUCCUGGGAGCAUAGCCAUUUUGGAAGGGAAUGAGAUUCAUCACUGUAAUAACCUCAGAACCAGUGACAGUUCCAAAAGCACCUUAGGUGGUGUUAACAUGAAGGUUCUUCCAGCACCCAAACUGAAGAUGACUAACAAUCAUAUCUACAACAACAAUGGCUAUGGAGUGAGCAUUCUUCAGCCAUCGGAACAGUUCUUUAUUGUAGCAGAAGCAGCUCUCAACAAAGGGGCUGCUUCAGGAGAUAAAAAGGAUGACAAAAUCCUCUCCAAAGUCAUGCAAACUCUGAAUGUGGAAAUGAACAACAACAGGAUAGAAGCAAACCUAAAGGGGGAUAUUAGGAUAGUCACUGGCUAAGGCAUAGCUGUUCCUAUUUUAUAGUUCAGAAAUGUAAUAAAUGAUUUAUCACAGAAAUUGUAGUUUAAAUUCAAAGAUUAAAACAUUUAAAUGCUUUCACUGAAUUAUUCGUUUUAAUGUAUUUUCUAAGAUACUGUAGCUUCAUUAAGUUGAAUUGUGCCAUAGAAUUUACUCUUAGCUACAAGUGUAGCUGAGGG